AUGAGCGAGUCAUACGUGGUUGUGUCGUCCGAGGUGAAAGAGCUGCAAGACCGGAUGGCAGCUCUGGUGGCGGGAGAACAUUACGAGGAAGCAUGCGUGGUCCGCGACAGCCUAGCUAUGAUGGAGUUUCGGAAGCGUUUGUUAGAGAUUCAGGCCAAACCGCGCAUUAUGUACCGUGUGGGAGAUGUCAUCGUGCACCGCAGAUACGUCACUUUCGCGGGCGAGCGUGCACCUCUGUGCAGAUUACGAAGAGGCUGCGGCCCCAAGAUCGGCAAGUAUUACGUGGCGAUAGAUGAGUUCGAGCGGGUAGUGCUGCCGCACCUCAUGCCGUCGGACACCACGCGACUGCACAUCGUGGAUGAGAUCGGUCGCAUGGAGCUCUGCAGUGACAAGUUCAGAGACGCUGUUCUCAACCUGCUCGCCUCUCCCGUGGCUGUGUUUGGUGCCCUACCCGCCCCUCGUUAUGGUCACACAUUGGAGCUAGUAGAGGAAAUCAAGCAGCGCGCCGACACAGCCGUGCUCACACUCACCAAGGCCAACAGGGACGCCACAGCAGAGCAGAUAGAGGAGCUGCUCACACGCCCUUCCGUGCUCACACUCACCAAGGCCAACAGGGACGCCACAGCAGAGCAGAUAGAGGAGCUGCUCACACGCCCUUCCGUGCUCACACUCACCAAGGCCAACAGGGACGCCACAGCAGAGCAGAUAGAGGAGCUGCUCACACGCCCUUCCGUGCUCACACUCACCAAGGCCAACAGGGACGCCACAGCAGAGCAGAUAGAGGAGCUGCUCACACGCCCUUGUGACUCUUCCCUGCCUCCCGUGCUCACACUCACCAAGGCCAACAGGGACGCCACAGCAGAGCAGAUAGAGGAGCUGCUCACACGCCCUUGUGACUCUUCCCUGCCUCCCGUGCUCACACUCACCAAGGCCAACAGGGACGCCACAGCAGAGCAGAUAGAGGAGCUGCUCACACGCCCUUCCGUGCUCACACUCACCAAGGCCAACAGGGACGCCACAGCAGAGCAGAUAGAGGAGCUGCUCACACGCCCUUGUGACUCUUCCCUGCCUCGUGCCUCAUGCUACCCCUUCCCUAUCCUCCCUUCGUCCCCCUCUCUUAUCCUCCCCAGUUCAGCCGUGCUCACACUCACCAAGGCCAACAGGGACGCCACAGCAGAGCAGAUAGAGGAGCUGCCCACACGCCCUUCCGUGCUCACUCUCACCAAGGCCAACAGGGACGCCACAGCAGAGCAGAUAGAGGAGCUGCCCACACGCCCUUCCGUGCUCACACUCACCAAGGCCAACAGGGACGCCACAGCAGAGCAGAUAGAGGAGCUGCUCACACGCCCUUGUGACUCUUCCCUGCCUCCCGUGCUCACACUCACCAAGGCCAACAGGGACGCCACAGCAGAGCAGAUAGAGGAGCUGCUCACACGCCCUUGUGACUCUUCCCUGCCUCCCGUGCUCACACUCACCAAGGCCAACAGGGACGCCACAGCAGAGCAGAUAGAGGAGCUGCUCACACGCCCUUCCGUGCUCACACUCACCAAGGCCAACAGGGACGCCACAGCAGAGCAGAUAGAGGAGCUGCUCACACGCCCUUGUGACUCUUCCCUGCCUCGUGCCUCAUGCUACCCCUUCCCUAUCCUCCCUUCGUCCCCCUCUCUUAUCCUCCCCAGUUCAGCCGUGCUCACACUCACCAAGGCCAACAGGGACGCCACAGCAGAGCAGAUAGAGGAGCUGCCCACACGCCCUUCCGUGCUCACUCUCACCAAGGCCAACAGGGACGCCACAGCAGAGCAGAUAGAGGAGCUGCCCACACGCCCUUCCGUGCUCACUCUCACCAAGGCCAACAGGGACGCCACAGCAGAGCAGAUCGAGAUGCCUCAUCUCGUGCUCCUCCCUCGUGCGUCUGCCCCUCAUGCCACAUGCAUCGUGUCCCCCACCCUUCCCCCUUCCCCUCUUCUAUUCUACCCCUUGUCGUCCCAUUCAGCCGUGCUCACACUCACCAAGGCCAACAGGGACGCCACAGCAGUGCAGAUAGAGGAGCUUCUCACACGGCUGAUCCAAGAGGGAGAGAAAGGGGCGGGGGGGGCGCUAGGGGAAGAGGGGGAGGGGGACGGGGGAGUGGGCGGAGUGGGGGGGGUGGGGGGAGAUGGUGGGGGGAAUGAGGGCGAGGGGGAGAGCAAUGUUGGGAUGGGUGGGGGGGGUCUGGGGUACGGAGGGGUGAGGGGAGCGGGAACUGGUGCGGCGAAUACCGUUCCGGCAGCAGCAGCAGGUUUGGGGACCGGAGCAGCAGGUCCGGCGUUGAUAAGCGGAGGUUCGGGAGCGGGGAUGAAUCAUGUGCUUGCUGCAGUGCAAGCUCAUGUGGCCAAUGCGGAUCUCUUUGAUGGGUCUCAUACUGUUCAUGGGUAG